UGCAUCAAAAACAUCGCGACGAGACUUGUUUGGCAGCGGCGCAGCGCCCGUCAACACAUGCACGCGCCAGGUCGGCGUCAUUGUCGCUGAGCAGCGAAUAAGCUAUUCAGUCAUGCCCAGGAUCGUCCGACAUCGGCAGCCGACGAUUCAGUCACACGCCAAGGAUGCGUUGCUUGCGCUGCAUGAACGAUUCGAGGUGGUUGACCUUGACGAGGUCUCACGAACUUGGGUGGUGCCGAUGGGUGUAGUUUUGAACCUUGUGUACUGGUUGUGUUGCUAUCGAGUCUUCAUGUCUCAAUCAAGUCCAGACGUGGUGUUUGAGAGUCGUGGUGGGGGUUCAGCUAUGCCGACAAGAUGGGUGACUCGGUGGGUAUGUGAUGCUCGAUCUCUUGGACAAAGCUAAUGACGAGGCAUCGACGACUCUGUUCUUCAUGACGCUUGCAAGCUUCCUCAAUGUUUACUACCUGCUUUCUCGGCGGCGGACAUAUCAUGUGCAAGCACCCGCUGCUGUAAGCUUGCCUGGAUCACCGGAUGAUCGACCCAGUUCAUCUGCAGCGAAAGCAAUGGUGAUCUGGGAGCCAUCGCUGCCGUCGCUGCGUCUCUUCAGCAUCUUGAGUCCGCUUCAUCUCUUCAUUACAUGGCAGCUCUGUCUGUCACCCUAUCUGCUCUUCACACUGCUCGCACUAUCUGCCACGCUCCUCGGCGCACUUCAUCUGUUCAUGCAGCAUGUUCAGCACAAGCAGCGUCUAUAUGGCCAUGUCUUUAGCGAGUAUGAUCGCACGUUUGUUGAACCACGCCUCAACAUUAUGAAGCGCGAUGUUGGCUGCGGCACGUCACCAGAUGAGCAGGGCGUUUAUGUGGAAGUGCAUACUCCGAAGGUUGGCAUUUUGGACAGUCGCAGGGAACGUGGGAUCCCGAAGAGCGCAAGUAUGGUCAGGAUGCAUGAUUGGGAACAGACUACGGGUGGUGACUUGCCAUCAACUCCUGUGCUUUGGCGUCAACAGCCCCAAUUGUCUGGGAUUUCUUCUCCUGCGAAAGGUAUGAGUGCUCUGCAGAGUCCUGUGCGUCGUGGUCGGUCGCCGAUGAAGCCUGCUGGGUGGCGGUCUUCUGCCCCUGGUGCGAUCGGGUCUCCUGCGCCGGUCUUUGCUGGAGGGGUACUUGGCACUCAGCGCAAGCCAAGGACAGUCCCUUCUCAGCUGCGGGAUGAGUGAGAUGAGCCAGAGUGCCUCCUUACUGUCGCUCAGUGGAUGCUGCUGCCGUCCCAUCUCGCCAUUUCCUGUUUCUCCGGGGCUGCGGAACAAUUUCACUUCCAGGCGCUUUGAGUUUGUUCGAGAUUUGCAGCGCGAGGGCGGCAACGGAAACACUCAAGGGCGC